CCCCCCACCCAUUUCUUUCCCCCCACCCUGGUUCCAAUUUUGUCUUAUUUGCUAUUUGGUUUUAUUUUGCUCUCCAAGUCUGCCUGGCAAGCCUUGGAAAAAUGCCUGCCCGUGAAGCGAGGAGGGGGCGCCGGGUCUGGACAUAAGAAUGGCGGCACCUGACUUGCUGGAUCCCAAAUCUGCCACUCAGAACUCCAAACCCAGGCUGUCAUUUUCUACCAAACCCACUGUGCUUGCUUCACGGGAAGAGAGUGAUACAACAAUUAAUGUUAUGAAAUGGAAGACGGUCUCAACCAUUUUUCUGGUGGUGGUUUUGUAUCUGAUUAUUGGAGCUACUGUGUUCAAAGCCUUGGAGCAGCCACAUGAAACUAACCAGAGAACAACGAUUGUCAUCCAGAAGCAGCUAUUUGUGUCACAGCAUUCCUGUGUGAAUGACACAGAACUUGAAGACUUAAUUCAGCAAGUAGUGGCAGCAAUAAAUGCAGGAGUCAAUCCAAAAGGAAACACGCCUAAUCAAGUCAGUCAUUGGGAUUUGGGAAGUUCCUUCUUCUUUGCUGGCACAGUUAUUACUACUAUAGCUCAAGUUGUUUGUAAUUUAGGAUUUGGGAACAUCUCACCACGUACAGAAGGUGGAAAGAUAUUCUGUAUCAUCUAUGCCUUACUGGGAAUUCCACUGUUUGGUUUUCUGUUGGCUGGAGUUGGAGAUCAGCUAGGGACCAUAUUUGGGAAAGGAAUCGCCAGAGUUGAAGACACAUUUGUUAAAUGGAAUGUGAGUCAGACAAAGAUUCGCAUCAUAUCAACAAUAAUAUUCAUAUUGUUUGGCUGUGUGCUGUUUGUUGCUCUUCCUGCAGUCAUAUUCAAGCACAUAGAAGGCUGGAAUACACUAGAUGCCAUUUAUUUUGUAGUUAUCACCUUAACAACAAUUGGAUUUGGAGACUAUGUUGCAGGGGGAUCAGAUAUUGAAUACAUUGAUUUCUAUAAACCAGUUGUGUGGUUCUGGAUCCUUGUGGGCCUUGCGUAUUUUGCUGCUGUCCUGAGUAUGAUUGGUGACUGGCUGAGAGUUCUAUCAAAAAAGACAAAGGAAGAGGUGGGAGAGUUCAGGGCUCAUGCAGCCGAAUGGACAGCCAAUGUCACUGCAGAGUUUAAAGAAACCCGCAGGCGCCUGAGUGUGGAAAUUUAUGACAAGUUCCAACGGGCUACCUCCAUCAAAAGGAAGCUCUCUGCAGAAAUGGCAGUGAAUCACAGCCAAGACCUGACUCCUUGCAAGAGAACCUUGUCUGUCAACCACCUCACCAGCGAGAAAGACCUCUUGCCUGCCAUAACAAAGACAGACAGCAUUUAUAUGAAUGGCUUGACGCCUCACUGUGCAGCUGAAGAAAUUGCUGUUAUUGAAAACAUUAAGUAGCACUGACUUUGAAUCCUGAUAUUUUAAUAAGAAGAAGCCUAUGGUUUAGACUUACCUUGUAGUUCCUGAUAUAUUUUUUUCCUGUCCAUAACUGAUGCUAAUCGCAUUUUUUAAAAAAUCACAUGCAUGAAUUCCAACAGAAAUCCACCCACAAUAAGGAUUCAUAGUCACCGUCAUAUUUCUUGAAAGACACAAAAUGAAUGGCACUUCUGUCAUUGACAAAUGCUGGAACAAGCAUGUCCGAUGCCUUUUUUGUGCCCAGACUGUUUUUCAUCUCUCCUAAUGUGCCAUAAGGCGUUAAGAAUGAAUAAUGCUGGUUCAGGUUAACAAUGUAGCUUUGAGGGAUCAGUCCUUAAACUUUUCAGGGUCUACCUUACUAAGCCUAGGAAUGGACCAUGUAUGGACUACAAUCUAUAUGUAAAUGGCAAGAAAAUCUUAUGCAGCCUUUUACCUAAGAAAUUUUUGUCAGUGCCUUAUCUUUUAAAGAAACAGAACCUCUAUAACUCUCAUACAUUUGUUUUUGUUUGUUUGUUUGUUUGCUGGUUCUUGCAUGAGUACUACAUCUCAUUUUGAUAUUUCAUCUUGCCCCCAACAGUCAUGUUUUUAAAGGUGUCUAAAGUUGAGGAUACCAGCAUUAAUAAACAGAUGCCAAAUCUAAGGACAACAAAGCACUGCUCCUAUGUCUAGCUUUAAAGGCACUGCAAUUAGAAGGGUUGCCGAUGGUGUCCCCCUGCAAGUAUUCAUUUUUUUUUCUUUUUACUCAGGUUCAGAUGAUACAUGUACACUUUAUACACUUGUAGAAUUUAUUGAUCCAUGUCAGGUCUUUUAACUUAAGCUCUAAUCACCGGUUCAGGCCCACACAUUACAUAAACCAAAAAUCUUCUGUUUUGUGUUACUAAAUUAUCUGAUAGUCAAUAUUAACUUCAUGCAUUGAGAAGACUCCUUUGCAUACUGAGAAUGCAGAAUAAUCCUGAAUCAUCAGCAGAGCCAUUUUUAGUGAACACAGUCCUGCUGGUAGAGAAGGAUUUAAACUUUUCUGUGUUUUAGCCAUGUCAUGCCAUAUGCACAGGGGUCGUGCCUGCUGGAUUGCUUUCCUGAAUGUUACAUCCUACAAUGUUUUUUGCCCACUCUGGAGCUGGGAAUAAAAGUGGGAAUGCAGUUGAAACUGGCAUCACUGUGACUUUCUACAUCAAGAAUAUACAUGGUAUCUGAACACAAAUUCAGACAUGAAAACCAGUUGACCAAUAGCACAAUCUGAAUAUGAUCAACUAUUUCAAUAAGUAGGCUGAUAUACAGAUCUGAAACCAAUCGUUGAGAUUUCUUUGGCUGUUUUAAAGAGGGAGAGAAAAGCAGUGAUUAUAAUUUUAUAGCCUCUUGUGUCUUUUAUUUCUAAAUGUGUGCAAGAUUCAGAAGGAAUGCAGGAUUAAAAAUAAUGGAAUGGAUUGUCUUAAUUUUUUUUUUCAUUUAACUCUAUUGCAACCUGGCUGUAUAUAAAAUAAAUAAAAUACCCCUUAAGAGAUUAAUAGGCAGCCUGAUCCUCAAAGCAUAACAAAGGUGCAGACGCCACUGAAAUAACAGGAGCUUGGGCACCUACAGAGCUGUUUGAGGUCCAUACCCUUGGCUCUGAAUAUUAACAAAAUGGGACUUCAAUUGGACACCAUUUAAAUAACAAAUCCAUAUUGUCUGACUAUUAAAUAACAUGAAUUAUGAAUGUUAACUUUAUGGAUGCUUCCUCUUCUUUUCUAACAAAUCUAACUUAUCAGUGUAAAUAGCAAUCAAUGAAGAGUUAAUGAAAUUGUUCAUCUCAAAUCUGCAGAGUUUUCAUUAAAUAUUUACCAGGCCAGGAUGUCAAAGAAAAAGGCCCCAUCCCCACUGUUUCCCCCAGCACAGUGUUUUGAAUGUUGACAUGGCAAGAACGGUUCUCUUGCCAUGUAUAAACUGUGAAUUGUAAUGAAAAUAAUAACAAAAAUAAUAAUAAAGUUUUUAAUGAAAACAUGCCUUAUCAAGUCUCCUACUUGUUGCCAUUAUAAUGCUGAGAAAUCUUUUGUAAAACCAUAACAGUGGAGCUCUGGAAUUAGGAUGAUUUUGUACCAAAUUGCAGCCUUCUUAAUCUUAGCAAAUAAAACUAUUUUGGCGGAUACUAAAUAAUAUGUCCUCUCAGCAUCAGC